AUGUUGAGAGAUGAAUUUGGUAGGGCAUUAAAGAACGGUCAUGGGAGAGGAGGGGACAAUAACGGUGAUAAAGAUAAGAGUGUAAAAUAUGGAGACCGCCGUCGGCAUUUCGAAAAUGAAGACCGCCAUAACAGAAACGCUGGUCCCAAUAAUGGUUCAUCCUCUGGAAAUGGUGGCCAUUAUGGUCCAGGGGAAGAAAUGCAUGUCGAAGAUGGGAAGAGAGGACUUCUUCCUGGAAAUAUCGUCCAUGGGGAAGUUGUUCGAGUCGAAGCCUACGGUGCUUUUGUUGAGUUCAUGGACAAACAGAACGAACAGAGCCAUCGUGGUUUGGUGCACAUAAGUCAGCUGGCACCUCGCCGGGUCGAAAAGGUAGAAGAUGUUGUGCAAUUGAAGGACAAAGUAUAUGCUGUAAUUCUAAGUGUCGAAGAAGAUCGCCGUCAGAAAAGAAUACGACUCAGUUUGGUUGAUGUCAAUCAAGAUAGGGGAACGUAUGUUGGGCGGGAAAUCGCAUCGCAACAAUCUUCAGGUCGUAGGGGAAGGCCAAUAGGACAACGCCAGCGUACUGAAAGGGCAAGAGAUCGUAGACGAAUGUAUAUGUCAUACCAUAUUGACUGGCGAGCCGGUUCAGAGGCGCAUACACAGCACUGUCCGCAAUACAUGCGAAUUCUUUGGUCCACAAGUCCAGAGCCUCCUUCCAAAGCACUAAUCAAGAAAAACAAGAGGCAAGACGAGGAAUCAAUAGCUUCAUCGUCAUCCACUGGAAGCUCGGAUUCAGACAGUACCACCUCCACCGAGCAAUGGCGUCGUCGCCGGCGAGGGGAUCGAAAGCGACCCCGAGACCGUCCGCGUUCACGUGAUCGGAGAAGCUCUAGGCGUGGCCGAGGAAGUCGGCGGCGUGAUUAUAGCAGUGACGACAGCAGUGAUAGUGGUUCUGUCUCAGAAUCACCAACUGGAUCUCGCAGUGUUAGCUCAAGAUCGUCAUCAUCUUCCAAGAGUCGACGAAGCCCACCUCCGAAGGCGGAAGCUUCGCAAGACGUUUCCAUUCCAGAAGAAUGGAAGGAAUCCGAUCUCAAAAAUGCUCAAGACCUUAAGGGCGCUGUGCAAGGCAAACAGGUCAUGUCUGAUGAGGAAGAAGGGCCAAUGCCACUGCCACAAUCCAAUGCUGCCGGUGGCACUGAUCCCAAGGGCAAUGCUGCCUAUGGUGGGGCUUUGUUGCCCGGAGAAGGUCAAGCAAUUGCACAAUAUGUGCAACAGAACCUACGUAUUCCGAGAAGAGGAGAAAUUGGAUACUCCGGAGAUGAUAUUGAACAUUUUGAAAAUUCGGGGUAUGUGAUGAGUGGUUCUCGACAUAAACGCAUGAAUGCGGUUCGUAUUCGAAAGGAGAACCAAGUAUAUUCCGCUGAAGAACAACGUGCGUUGGCACUCAUUACCAUGGAGGAGAAACAGCAGCAGGAGGCACAACUGAUGGAAGACUUCCGCGUGAUGUUGAAGGACAAGCAAAGGGUGAGAAACGAAAGAAAGAAAGGGUGA